CGUGCCGCGGGAGGGUCGACGAGCGAGGAAUUUGUUUUUGUACAAGUUAAUCGUAUAGAUAACGGUACUACAUUAUCGGCAGUAGCGCGACAGCGACUCGCCGACCGGUCGUGUUUCAUUCUGCACUUAAUAUACGUUAAAAUGCUCAAACUAGUCAGAGGGAUACGGCGGUUGAACCAAUGCCGGCACAAUCACGCUACCGUCAUUGGUUCCGAGCCGAACAGAACUGAUCCUUUCUACCAAGAGAAUAAGGGCAAAAUGGACGAGCUUGUCGAAGAAUUACGGCAGAAAACCGGUGACGCCAUCAAAGGCGGCCCGGAGGAGGCCGUAAAGAGGCACACGGCAAGAGGAAAACUGCUCGUCAGGGACAGGAUUAACCGGUUGGUGGACGAGGGAAGCGACGUUUUAGAACUGAGCACGCUAGCCGCCGCCGACAUGUACAAAGGGCAAGUGCCGAGCGCCGGCAUCGUCACCGCCAUUGGCAAAGUUCACGGUCGUGACUGUAUGAUUGUGGCUAAUGACGCUACUGUUAAAGGAGGUACUUAUUUCCCUAUGACAGUGAAGAAGCAUCUGAGAGCUCAAGCGAUCGCACAGGAGUGUCGUCUUCCGUGCAUUUAUCUCGUGGAUUCCGGAGGUGCGCACUUACCUGAUCAAGCCGAUGUCUUCCCGGACAGAGAACAUUUUGGAAGGAUAUUUUACAACCAAGCAAAUAUGUCUGCGGAAGGAAUACCGCAGAUCUCGGUAGUAAUGGGCUCAUGUACCGCUGGAGGCGCGUACAUUCCUAGCAUGUCUGAUGAAAGUAUUAUAAUUAAGAAUCAAGGAACAAUUUUCUUAGCUGGUCCACCAUUGGUGAAGGCUGGUACAGGCGAAACAGUGUCUGCUGAAGAAUUAGGAGGUGCUGAUUUGCAUUGUCGUCAAUCCGGAGUUACCGACCACUAUGCUUUGGAUGAUGAGCAUGCCUUACAUUUAGCUAGGAAUACUAUUGCCAAUCUGAAUUGGAAUAACGAACAGAGAACUCGAAUUCACACACCAACAGUUGACGAACCUGUCCAUGACGUAAACGAUCUUCAUGGCAUUGUCGGAGCCAACAUUCAAAGACCAUUUGACAUGCGCGAAGUGGUCGCUAGGAUAGUUGACGGAAGUAGAUUCCAUGAAUUCAAACAACUUUAUGGAGAAACAUUGGUAUGUGGUUUUGCAUCCAUUUAUGGUCACCCUGUCGGAGUGAUCGGUAAUAAUGGUGUCUUGUAUUCAGAGGCAGCUUUGAAAGGAUCUCAUUUUAUUCAACUUUGUGCGGCUAGGAAGAUUCCUCUGCUAUUCUUACAGAACAUAACAGGUUUCAUGAUUGGUAAAGACGCUGAAGCCGGAGGUAUUGCCAAAAAUGGAGCUAAGAUGGUGACAGCCGUCAGUUGUUUCAAAGGACCUAAGAUCACAGUAUUGGUCGGCGGCAGUUAUGGUGCCGGAAACUACGGCAUGUGUGGUCGUGCAUACUCUCCCAGUUUCCUGUACAUGUGGCCCAACGCAAGGAUCUCAGUAAUGGGUGGACCACAAGCGGCUACUGUACUGUCUUUGGUGGCUAAGGAGAAGGCUGAGAGGAGUGGAAAGCCUUGGACUGCGGAGGAUGACAAAAAAGUAAGAGCGCCUUUGGAAGAAAUGUUUGAAAGAGAAGGACGGCCAUACUAUAGUACUGCUAGACUGUGGGACGACGGUGUCAUCGCUCCCAAGGACACAAGGAAAGUGAUAGGACUUAGUUUGUCUGCAGCCUUGAACGCUCCAUUUAGAGAGAGUAAAUUCGGUGUGUUCAGAAUGUGAAGUGAUAAAGACUGUAUGACAUGACGAAACUUUGCGUUAUCAGUAAUUAGACGUAAGAACGAUAACUCUGAUUUUUAUUAUUACCGAGUUAUACAAACUUUGUAUUGCCGUUGAUUACCUCAUUAUGUGUGUGAUAAUGUUCACCUUAACAUUUUACAAACGGUAAAUUUAAGUUUGUGUUAAUCUCUGCAUAUCUUAUCAGUGGUGAUAGUGUUGCCAACGCUAAAAUCGUUGAGUUGUUAAUUGGGCAACAGAAAAUAUUCUUACUUAAAUAUUGAUAUUGCUUGUAUGCCGUAUGAAGAUAUAUAUCGGUGCUGUUAUCAUACACGCCUAUUUUUUACGAACGAGUCGAGAGAUAAUGUUUGCUAAUUUGAGCCUUGAUUGAGGUCGACAGUUUUUUUGAGUAAAUUUAUUUUCAAAGCGAUCCAUAUUGAUCUGUUUUGUUCACUGGCUAGGAAUUUAAAUACAGUUUGUGGUCAGUUUUUAUGUUAGAACGUCUGUGAAUGAACAUGUCCUGGCAUUUCUCAAGGUCUAGCCGUCUUAGGAAGGUAAACAGGUUAUCAAAACAGACUCGGAGUUGUAUAAUUCAAGAAUUCUUCAUUUAAUAUUGUCACAGAUGUUUUUCCAAUGGCAUUUAUAAUGCGAAUACUAAAUACAUGUCACAAGUAUUUAUUUUUAUAAUAAAGUUUUACUUUUAUACUUA